UUUAAUUCUUUUCUCUUUGGUUUCCGCUUUUUUCUUGUUCUUUAAACGAAUUGAUUAAUUUGUUUUCUCUAAUUACUUAGUUACUUAUUAUUGUUUAUAUGAUUUGUUGAUUUCUUUUUUCGUGUGUUUAGUUUGAUGAUCAGUGGAAAUGUUCCCAAUCAGCCAUAAGACAGUAAUCGUUUUGGACAAUAGUUAUCGCUUCUUGUCCACCUCAUGUGGUCAACCCAUUGAUUAUGAUGUUUGCCUUAAGAUGAAAGGAGGAGCUCCUCCAGGUAUAAUUCCGUUAGCACCUUUAUCUAAAUCUUUGUGGACCUGUUCAGUUGAAGCUAUUCAAGAAUAUUCUCGUAUUGUUUAUGAUGUUUUCCCUGGAAGCGAGAGACUUUUAUCUCUUGUAACCUGUGAUGAGGUUGGAUUUAAGAUUGUCAUGGGUUGGAAUAGUGAACAUCAAAAUAUAGCUCAUCUGAAUUCUUGUUUUGCUCGUAGUAGCUUUCACACCAGACCUUCAAGCUCAUUUUCCCGUGGAUCUGAACCUAUUUGGACUGAAGAUUCAACCCUAAGUAAUGGCGUUAAAGCUGCUAUUGAAGCUCUUGGUACACCAACAGUAACUCAAACCCAAAUACGUGGUAAAAACCCUCGAGAAGCAAAUUCUGGACGUGUAAUGUUAAUUGCCUGUUUUAAAAAUGAGAAUCAAUUGAAAUAUGUCUCUGAUUUUAUGGCAGAUUGUCUCAACAGGUAUAAUAAAGCCAUGAGAGAGAAAGAUGAUCCAAAUCGUUUACCAAUAAAUGAAUGUCAUCUUACCAUUGUCAAUAUCUAUCCCGUUGGUGAUCUUAGUCCAUCAAGUCAAAUCAGAGAAAUUGCCAAUUUCUAUCCAUCACCUAUUCUAUCAUGUGAAAUACAUUCAUCUCGAGGAGGAACAAUGUUUGCACUCAAAUUACUCUCUUUGGUUCAAAGUCACUAUCAUUUGGCAUCAACAACAGUUACUGGUAUUCCUAUGAAGGAGGAACAGAACGCCAGUUCUUCAGCUAAUUAUGAUGUUGAAAUUGUUCAUCCAGCUGAUGCUCAUGUUAAUUUACCCAAAAUUGCAACCGGAGCCGGAGGUGGAGAUGGAUCUUGUCAUCGAAUUCCAAAAGAAGAUGCCAACUAUGAAACGAUACCAUUGAAAUGGUGCACACCAAGAACGACAUCAGUUGAACUUCAUCACUGUAGUAGUGCUUACAGAAUUUCUCCUGUUGAUGUUAAUAGUAGGCCUUCUUCUUGUUUAACAAAUUUUCUUCUAAGUGGACGAACAGUGAUGCUCGAGAUGACCAAACUAAAAGGGUCCAAAGUUAUGUCUCACAUGUUAUCAAGUCAUAACGGGGAACUUUAUAUUCACACAUUGUAUACUGGUCGAUCAUUAUUGGAAGAUCCACCAUCAAUUAGUGAAGGAAUUGGUGGUAGAAUAACAGAUUAUCGUAUAAAUGAUUUUGGUGAACUAAUGAAACGAAUUAAAUUAUCUCCAAUUAAACCAUCAAUGAUUUCAUCUGAGAAAACUGUUUCUCCAAUUGACAAAGCCAUGGGAUAUUUAACUCGACAAACAUUAUAUUGGCCAAUUGUUCUUGGUCAUUCAAUUAUGUUCAAUCUUCAACUCCACAUUGCACCGUUAAUUAAUUUAAUACCCAAAGAUCAGUUGACCGUGGAAGAUGUUAAUGAGUGUAAAAAUGCAAUCUAUCAAAUAGUAAAAAUGGAAAGCAAAGGAACAUCUUUGGUAUUACCUUGUGUAAGUGCUCGAGGAAAAGGACCGAAAAAAGAGGAAUUGUACAAAUUACUUUGGAGGGAAUUAGAUCAUUACAUUGAAAUUUACGCAUCUACACCUCAACACAAAACAAUCCUUUCAACUCUUCGUGAUCUCCAUGUAACAUCAUCUAACUCUGAUCCAAAUCAAUCAGUUAAAUCUGAGCCAAUGUCACCUAAUCGUGCUACUAGUCCAUCUAGUGGAGAUAAACCAAUAAACAAUUCUGUCAUCAUUCCGCCUCUUCAACAACAAUCAACUCUAUCAUCAAUGCCAACCUUCAAUGUUUCCGGACUUAAAGAUGAAUCUACAAUGGCCUGGAAAGAAUUGGAUGCCUACAAUAAUAUGAGCGAACGAGAAAAACGAGAAUUAGACGAGAAAAGUAAACCACCAGCAAAACGAAUGCGAAUCCCUGAUAUUCAAAGUCCAUCAGAUUCAAAUUCAUCAGCAUCAAUGGUCGAAAAUCGGACCAAUGGUUCAUCAUCAACCGUAGAGAGCAAAAUAUCAAAUGGAUCAACAUCGAACCAAAAUUUACUCUCUAUUUGGGUUAAUCAACUAAAUUCUAAAUCUCGUAAAAGACAAGAUCUUGAUGGUAGAUCAUUUAAAAUUGCUCCUCUCUAUGUUAAUCUAAAUCAUCCGAUUGAAUAAUCAACACACAAAUCAUUUGAUCAUCUGAAUCUACUCUAGUUUAUUUAAAUCAUCUUUUUUUUUGUCAACAACUUGUAUAUCAAAAGAUAAACAUAAUUUUUCAUGUUAACUCUGUCAUAACAUUAAAAUGAGAAAAACACAAUCAAA